GGCCAGCUUGGCCACUAGGCUGAGCUGAGUCUGGAUCCUGCCAGCAAGGCUGUGUGCCAUGGAGCAUAUGGACAUGGGCAGGGCUUCAAGGAGGGGGGGUUAGCUCCUGGCAUGAUCUGGCUAGCAUGGGGGGCUGCGUCCCAUGCAUCACCCCUCACUGACCUGGGGCCUGGCUGCCCCUCCAUCCUGCCAGGAGAGCUGGGGUUCUGCUCCUACCCUCGGCUUCCCCAGCAACCCAGGCCUGGGCCUGCCCCUCCCCUCGUACCCGGUGUGGGGUCCUGGCCCUUUGCCCCCCUCCAAGGGCCCAUGCCGGAGCUGCCUGUGCCCGGUGUAGGGGUGUUAGUGGGCAGCCCUGCCCGGGGCCGGUUCUGGGCCGCUUGGGGUCGGGGUGGGGUCCCUGGGGGGCGCCUCGGUGGAGCUUUCGCUAGGCGCGGGCGCUGCGGGGCGCGGCGGGCUCCCCGGGGCCGGUCCCUGCGCCGGGCGGGGAGGGGGCCGCGGCCAGACGCGCUGCGCCGGGCGAGCGGAGCGGACGCAGGCGGGGGCGGAGGCAGGGCGCCCGCGGGAGGCUCCGGCUCGGCGCACGGACCUGCCCGGGGCCGCCGCCGCUUCCCCGCCCGUGGAGCCCGCCCCGUGCCUGCCUUAGCGCGGCGCGGCCGGAGCGCAGCGAGCCGGCAGCGGGGAUGGCGUCUCCGGGAGCCCUGGAGCCAGCGCCCGCCAGCGUCCCGGCCACCAAGCUGGAGCUCACCGUCGCCUGCAGUAGUGGUUCUGUUCAUCCAGGGGAGCGGCAGCAAGGAGUGGAGGGAGUUUGGACGCACCGAAGUGAUUGACAACACCCUGAACCCAGACUUCGUCCGCAAGUUCGUCCUUGAUUAUUUCUUUGAGGAGAAGCAGAAUCUGCGCUUUGAUGUCUACAACGUGGACUCCAAGAGCUGCAACAUCUCUAAACACAAGGACUUUCUGGGCCAGGCGUUUGUGGCGCUGGGCGAAGUGAUCGGAUCCCAGUGGAGCCGCUUGGAGAGACCCCUCACGGGGGUCCCAGGGAAGAAGUGUGGGACCAUCCUGCUGUCGGCUGAGGAGCUCAGCAACUGCCGGGACAUUGUCACCAUGCAGCUCUGCGCCAACAAGCUGGACAAGAAGGACUUCUUCGGGAAAUCCGACCCCUUCCUCGUCUUCUACCGCAGCAACGAGGACGGCACGUUCACAAUUUGCCACAAGACAGAAGUGGUGAAAAACACACUCAACCCGGUAUGGCAGCCGUUCUCCAUCCCCGUGCGAGCCUUGUGCAACGGGGACUAUGACAGGACGGUGAAGAUAGAUGUGUAUGACUGGGACCGGGAUGGAAGCCACGAUUUCAUCGGGGAGUUUGCCACAAGCUACCGGGAGCUUUCCCGCGCUCAGAGCCAGUUCACUGUCUAUGAGGUGUUAAAUCCAAAGAAGAAAUGCAAGAAGAAGAAAUACAUCAACUCCGGAACAGUGACCCUUCUUUCCUUCGCCGUGGAGUCCGAGUUCAGCUUUGUGGAUUACAUCCGAGGCGGGACACAGCUGAAUUUCACGGUCGCCAUUGAUUUCACGGCCUCCAACGGGGUCCCAUCGCAGCCCACCUCCCUGCACUACAUGAGCCCAUACCAGCUGAGCGCCUACGCCAUGGCACUGAAGGCCGUCGGCGAGAUCAUCCAGGACUACGACAGCGACAAGCUCUUCCCCGCGUACGGCUUUGGUGCCAAGGUCCCACCCGACGGCAGCAUUUCCCAUCAGUUCCCCCUGAACAGCGAUGUGGAGAACCCAAGCUGCGUGGGGAUUGAUGGCGUCCUGGAGUCCUACUUCCAGAGCCUGCGCACGGUGCAGCUGUACGGGCCCACCAACUUCGCCCCUGUCAUCAACCAGGUGGCCCGCUUGGCUGCCCAGGUGACAGACGGAUCACAGUACUACGUCCUGCUCAUCGUCACUGAUGGCGUCAUCUCCGACAUGCUCCAGACCAAGGAGGCCAUCAUCAACGCGUCUGCCCUGCCCAUGUCCAUCAUCAUCGUGGGAGUGGGCCCUGCGGAGUUUGAUGCUAUGGAAGAACUGGAUGGAGAUGACGUGCGGGUCUCCUCCAGGGGGCGCUAUGCGGAGCGGGACAUCGUGCAGUUUGUGCCGUUCCGGGAUUACGUGGAUCGCUCCGGGAACCAGGUGCUGAGCAUGGCGCGCCUGGCCAAGGACGUGCUGGCCGAGAUCCCCGAGCAGCUGCUCUCCUACAUGAAGAGUCACGACAUCAAGCCCCGCCCUACCAACCCACAGUAGCUCCUCCUGUGUGCAGCCCAAGCCAGUCAGACACCGCUGCUCCUGCCGGGCCCCACACCGCGCCCCUCCAGCACGCGUCCGCCGGAGCCAGGCUGGCUGUCGCCCCCUGGAUGCAGCCCCCGGAGGCUGGCACUGCACCUCCGUCGGGCGGGAGGGCAGCUGUCCCACGAACAGCCCUUCCUGUGGCUGGGCUCCCUUCCCUGCCAGCUGCAGGCAGCCCAGGGGCCUGGGAGCACGGUGGGGUCAGAGGUGUUCAGCAGUGUCUCGUCAGCCCCCCCGGCGCAGCAAGGGGCGCGGAGCCCUGCUCUGUCCAGACGCUGACAAUAAAGCUUUGUAGGCGCCCUGGU